AUGUUGAUUGGAACUGGUCAUGGUUUUGAUAUUGUUGCUUGGGAUGAUGACAGUGAUAAUACUGGCAGAGGAGUUAGUGGGAGGCGCGGUAGUGACAGCAUGAUGUGUUGGACUGCAUCACAAAAUUCACUAGCACGGAAUAGGUAG